UGGAAUUCUUGCAGAAGGCGAGAAGACCGAUAUACAGUCGGAGAAAACAGGUGGUUUCUUCUAAGCGAGGACUAGUCCAUCAAUGAAAAAAUGAGUGAACAAUUGAAAUUCAUUGUUCAGGAACUAGCUAAGGAUCCAUUUAACAAGAAAUACAAUUUGAUUUCAUUUGAUUCUCUGGAAAGUAUUCAACUGUUGCAAGUUCUCAAUGAUGUCUUGGCUGUCAUUGAUCCAAAGCAACAAAUUGACAUUCGAGAGGAAAGCUCGGAUCAGACAGCAAUCAGAAUAUUCCAUAUGCUGAGGGUUCUUAAGUACAAACCACCAACAGAGUCUGCUUUUCGUUCUGGAAUCGUCCAAGGAGAUAAGUUUGUGAUCUAUCCAAUUCUGGAAUGGCUGUUUCGAAGAAUUCCAGAGUUAAAAAAGAGAGCAUACUUGGCUCAUUUUCUUUUCAAAAUCGAUGUUCCAGCAGAAAUUAUGCAGGAAGAUCAGAUACCAGAACUGUAUUCCCAGUAUGAAGAGUUGAUGGAGCAAUUCAAAGAUCUACACAAACAGUUUGACAAUCUUAAGAAUUCUGGCUACAACACGACAGAGAUCAGGAAGGACAUUUCUAAUAUGGAGGAUGAAAAAGAACAACUUAACAAAAGGAUAGAACGUCUGAAGAGAAAGGUGGAGUCUCAUCCAAACUCUCAGACAAUGAUGAAUGUGGCCAGAAAUCUCCGCAUGGAGCGAGACAAAGAGAAGAGACUCGCAGAACAGCGCCAGGAACAAUCGACUCUGAUACAGCACGAAGAACAAAAGAUCCGACGUUUACAGCAACAGCUCCAUGACACACGUCAGGCAGGAGUAGGGGCCACCCCUCAGAGUCUCCUACAGAGGCUGGAGGAGGAGACAAGGACUAACAAAUACAUUGUCACAGAGAGGCUGCCUAAGGACCUGACAGCACGUAAGAAAACACUGCAGGAUUUGCAGAAAGUAGUGGCAGAGCCAGCCAUGGGACAGUCAGAUUUGGACAAACUAUUGGGACAGAUUCAAGAGUUGAAUUCUGAGAUAAAUCAACUGAUUGAAAAAAGAAUGAGGACUGGUGAUCCGACAGAUGAUAAAUCUUCUCUCUUCAAACAACAGGCAGCCAUCAUUGCUCACAAAAAGGAGGCCGCAGUGACCUUGUUCCGUGAAAUACGAGAGGAAUAUAACCACAACAUGCAAGAGCUAGAUCAGAAACGUGAGGUUGUGAAAGAGUCUGGCGGAGGGGAGGUCUUGAAAGGCGAGGAUUUCAAGAGGUAUGUGAACAAGCUGAGAAGUAAGAGCACAAUCUAUAAGAAAAAGAGACAGGAAAUUGCUGAAUUGAGAGCAGAAUAUGGAGUGCUGUCACGUACCGAAGAAAUUCUACGUAACAGAGAUGAGAAUAUUAAUCAACAGCUGGAGUUACUGGAGAACAAGAAAGGUGUUGCAGGUUACCGACAGACACAAGAUGAGCUGGAGAAGGUGUCCAGUGUCAAGAGUGGUUUGGAUGAACGUAAAGGCAAGACUCUGGAGGAUAUAUCUGACAUGGUUCAAAGGCUGACUCGACGAAUUGCUGAGAAGAAAACUGCAUUGGCACCAAUCAUAAAGGAGCUGCGUCCCAUGAGGCAGAGAUCACAGGAACUUACCGCAAAACAUGAGGAGAAGAAACAGGCAUAUGACACAGCAGCUGCAGGUCUUGAGAGUAAUAUGUCCAAACUAGAACAGGAAGUGCGAGCGUACCGAGAAGAGGUCACCCAGGACGAAGGCCGAUACCAUUAUCUGAACUGUAUGAUCAACAUGUUAGAAAUCCAACAACAGAAGGUGGCAGAUGAGAUGAAGAGCUACACCUCCUCAGAUCCUUAUGCUAGGAAAAAGACAUUCAGAGAUAUAUUCCAAAGAAAGAUUCAGGAACAAGAAAAUCUUGGCAAGGGUUUGAGGGAACAACAAAAAACUGUAAGGGAGAGCCAGGUACCAAGUAUGCGACAAAUGAAGAUGUGGAAGGAUGUCCAACGACUCAUGGAAUGUAAACUGAGGUGUUUUGAUCAGACUGGAGGCAUCGCUGGAUCUGCUGGUGUUGGUUACGGGGAGGCACCACCAGCGAUGUUGGAGGAAGAUAGACUAGUUAUGUAAAAGUGACUGUCAUAUCAUGUUUUAUUUUUAUUGAACAUUUUCUCGGAUAAUUUAUAGGGAAGUUUAGUUAUAAAAGCCUGUUCAUUGACUGUUCAUGAAAUUUUUCAGAUGUAGUGCAUAUAGCCUGUUAUCUAUAUAAAAGACUGGAUAAUUUAGAUGACUUCAAAAACAUUCCGAGAUUACCUUGUAAAAUAUUCCGUCCAAUUAAAUUGUUUGUAUACUU